GGGAGAAUCGGUCCGGUGGAUUUGCGCGCGCGCGUUUUGCCUUAGCUCUACGUCUGGUGCGGAGCGGAAAGGGCGGUUGGCGCGGGAGGCGUCGCUCGGAGUAACGCUGGAGGACAAAAUGACUGGAUCAAAUGAAUUUAAGCUGAAUCAGCCUCCAGAAGAUGGAAUCUCAUCAGUGAAAUUCAACCCAAACACAUCUCAGUUUUUGCUUGUUUCUUCCUGGGACACAACUGUUCGAUUGUAUGAUGUUCCUGCUAACACCAUGAGACUCAAGUAUCAACACACUGGAGCAGUACUUGACUGUGCUUUUUAUGACCCAACACAUGCCUGGAGUGGAGGAUUAGAUCGGCAGCUGAAAAUGCAUGACUUGAACACUGAUCAAGAAAAUCUUGUUGGCAGUCACGAUGCGCCUAUAAGAUGUGUUGAAUAUUGUCCAGAAGUGAAUGUAAUGGUAACAGGAAGUUGGGAUCAAACAGUCAAGUUAUGGGAUCCAAGAACACCUUGUAAUGCGGGAACGUUUUCUCAGCCUGAAAAGGUAUAUACAUUGUCUGUAUCUGGUGACAGAUUGAUAGUGGGAACAGCUGGUCGAAGAGUUCUGGUGUGGGACUUACGGAACAUGGGCUAUGUUCAGCAGAGAAGAGAAUCAAGUCUUAAAUAUCAGACCCGUUGCAUCAGGGCAUUUCCCAACAAACAGGGUUAUGUGUUGAGCUCCAUAGAAGGUCGGGUUGCAGUUGAAUAUUUGGACCCAAGUUUGGAGGUUCAGAAGAAAAAAUAUGCUUUCAAAUGCCACAGAUUGAAGGAGAAUAACAUUGAGCAGAUUUACCCUGUCAAUGCCAUCUCUUUUCAUAAUGUCCAUAACACAUUUGCUACAGGUGGCUCUGAUGGCUUUGUCAAUAUUUGGGAUCCGUUCAACAAAAAAAGACUCUGCCAAUUUCAUCGGUACCCUACCAGUAUAGCUUCACUAGCUUUCAGUAAUGAUGGGACUACUCUUGCAAUAGCAUCCUCAUAUAUGUAUGAAAUGGAUGACAUUGAACAUCCUGAAGAUGGUAUCUACAUUCGCCAAGUGACUGAUGCAGAGACAAAACCCAAGUAAGAAUGCUUGAUAUCCAAAAUUAUGCCACCACUGGUAACACAGACAAAAUGGAAAGGUCAACUUAAUCUUGAUCAGAAACUUUUACUACUAGCAAAACAAACUAAUCCUUGGAUUAAAUGUUGUUUUAUGACAAUGUUGUUGUCAUAAUGUUUUCAUUGGGUAUAUUGUAAAUCUUUUUUUAAAAAAAAGAUUUAAUAGACAAGAAUUGUUAAUUUUGUUCACCUGAUUUUGAAAUAUUCCUGUAAGCUAGUUCAUUCUUUUGAAAUGUGUCAGUUCAAUUUUUGUAUAGAUUAAUGGUGGCCUAAUUGUUUGAAUAAAUAUUUGCAAUCCAGUCUCUCUCUCUCCCUCCUUCUAUCCCAAAAGCCAUACUUUCAGCUGCAAUGGCUGUAAAUGUUAAGUCCUGAAUUUAAUAAUGGCAUCGUUUUUGAUAUACUGGGCUUAUACAGCAGCAACAAUAUGAUGAUGAUUAAAACAUUUUGACUUUUUUCAAGCAGCAAGCAACUUAAAUUUAAUUGAUGUUAACUCUAACCCUUCCCUGUUUAUUUUUUAUUGUAAUUAAAUUCUGUGGUCAGCAUGUUUAGGAAAGUAUGUCCUGCAGAUUUAAGCAAUUUACAGUUGAAGUUUUAUGGUUGCUGUUAAUGAUCAAUGUCUGCCUUUGAAAGUUGAUUUCUUUUCUUGGAAAAAAGAAUAUUUUGUCUUUAAACAAGCACCCCAAUUUCACAACAGAUAUUUGUAUCAGAUAAAAAUUGUUUCUACAAAUGUGUUACUUGUAGGAUAUUAAUUUGAAAUAUAAUAAACUUUCUUAAUUCUUGAAACAA